ACAUAUUAUUGAGAGAGAGAUAAAGAUAGCCAUUGCUAGCUGAGAUUUUACAAAGAACCCACCAACGAACCAAACCGCUUUCUCUCUGCUCUGCCAAUUUUUCAGGGGGUGCUCAUGAUGGAACAUUGAACUAGUGCCCAAAUAAACAGCCAGAAAGAAAAAGUCACCAACUUUGUGUUAUAGGGACCAGUGGGUUUUUGGUGUUACUAGCAAUAGCAAAGGUAAUAAUUUGCAAGUGUUGAAAGCGAGAAAUAAAGGGUACCCAAAAGAAGGAACAAACUCACAAACUCUGCUCUCUCAUGCUGUGAUGCAUGCACGUCUUCAUCAUCACCACUCACUCUAAUUCUAUUCUCUGAUGGAGGUUACAGAGGUUUAAGCUAAGUUUUCUUCACCUUUCUGUACCAGUUUUUCAGUGAAGCUUUCGUCUUGCUUAUUUAGUCAUCGAAUUCAUGCUCACUCAUUCAUGCCAGUGUCUUGGUGAUAUAAAAGCAAGCUAUGCUGAAUCGUCCAUAGCAACAACGUAACUAGCUAGCGAUCAGUGAUGGCAGAUUCUGAGAAACAAAAGAAGCUCACAUCAUCAUCCUCAUCAUCUUCCUUCUUCAGCUCUUUCACAUCAAAGGGAGUGUUCCAAGAAACAGAGAGCAUGAUGAUGAGCCCAACCUCCAUACUUGACAGCAAGCCAUUCUCGGGCUUCAAGAAGAACCCCUUUUGGUCAGAAACCAACAACAACAACAACAACAACAAGAACAACAAGAAGCGUUGUUGUUAUUCUGAAAAGUUGGAUUCAAAAGGCGUUGGUGUUGCCCUUCUUGAUGAAACAGCAGAAGCAAGAAUGGUGGUGUUUGGUUCACAGCUGAAGAUUCAGAUUCCUCCCUUACCACCAGAAGGUGAGAGGGUGUUCAAAGGGUGUGUAUCUGCCACCGAGUUGGAACUGAUGGAACUCUCUGAGGACUACACACGCGUGAUUUGCCAUGGUCCUAACCCAAGGACCACUCACAUAUUCGGUAACUGCAUCAUUCAGAGUACCCCUUCUGUUUCACCCAAGCUUGAUCCUUCUCACUCUUUUCUCACUGUCUGCUUUCUCUGCAACAAGAAUCUUGGGCAUGGUAAAGACAUCUACAUGUACAGUUAUUCAAUCCAUGUUCAGGGGUGAGAGAGCAUUUUGCAGCAAUGAAUGCCGUUACCAGGGGAUGCUGAUGGAGGAAGCUGAAGAGGCUGUUUAUGGGACUUAGUUCCUCAACUCUCAACCAUCAAUAAUAAUCAACUUCCUCUUCCAUUUUCAGUUUUAAUUUCUAGGUUGAAACUAUAUAUAGAAAUUGUAUCUGUAGAAAAUAGAGUUGGGGGUUUGAAUUAAAAAGUUAGAGGUUAUUUUUGUUGAAAUCAUGAAUUAGGGGAUUGCUUGGCUUGCCACAAUUUUUGUCCUUCAAUUCAAAUAUGGUAGUGAUGAUUAUUGUGUUAUACUCUUA